UGUUAUUCUCCAGUGCAUAUGUCAUCAGUUUGGCUCAAAUAAACUGUUAUAAAAAUUCUCUACACGUCUGAAUACUUUUUUACAUGGACAAACCUGUGAAUGGAGGUGAGAGACUCAAUUAAAAAAACCCCACUGAAAUCAAUUUGGGUGAGUCCAAGAAUGUCGGGGUGAUUCUUGCUUCCCUGGGAGGGCAUCCUGAAGGGAUGAAGCCUCUUAAAUAAGCUACUGUUGUGUGUGACUGUAACAGUGGGGAAUUGUAACCCACCCCACUAUUCUUUUGACAUUGCUUCUGUAAAUGCUAACUCUGACUAAUAUGUAGUUGUAGAUAAACAGCAUGUUUGUAUAGGAGUCCUAGGAAAUAACUUCAGAAGAUGCAGACUCCGACCUUCAGUCAUCCCAGUUUUGGGAGAUUUGCUGAGCUUCAACCAUAGAACCAGGAUGACAAAGACCAGGAUGAUGCACACUGGACCAUCACUAAACCAGUUUCAAGAUCCCUGUUGAAAUGCAUUGUGCUGAUCUUUAACCUGGCCUCCUUACCCGAUUAGCAACACCUCUAGGAAAUUAGCCUUCUUAGGAAAAGGGGACUGGACCACUUUAAUUCUUUUACGAAGGUGAUGACCAUGGAGGCCACAGGAUGAAACAAAAGAGUCCCAACAUGCAAACUACCUGCAUCCUUGAGUCAUUCAUGGAGGACAGAAAAGUUGCCUGAUCUGUAUUCAUUUUUACAUAAGCAAGAAAUAAACAUUUGUUGACUUAUGCUUCUAAAAACAAUCUUUGUUACUGGAGCAUAGCCUAGUUGAACCUGACAAAUACUUAUAGUUAGGAAGUGUAGGAAGGAGAAUAGACUAAAAACCUCAGGAGAUGACCCAGAAUGGAUCAGCAUAAGAGACGUCGAGUGAAGAAAACACCACAUAAUAUGGGUGGGCCUCCUCUAAUCAGUUGAAGGCCACAAGAGAAGAGACUUAGGUCUCCAAAGGAGAAAGGAACUCUGCCUCCAGAUUGCCUCUGGAUCCAAGACUGCAACAUCAUCUCUUCUCUGGGUCUCCAGUGUGCUCACCAACUUUGCAGAUUUCAGACUUCCCAGUCCCCACAAUGGAGAUGUGCGGCAGGUUCCUGAGGCGGCUGCUGGCCGAGGAAAGCAGGCACUCCACCCCUGCAGGGCGCCUCCUUCUUCCAGUGCUCCUGGGAUUCCGCCUCCUGCUGCUGGCUGCCAGCGGGACCGGGGUCUAUGGUGACGAGCAGAGCGAAUUUGUGUGUCACACUCAGCAGCCAGGCUGCAAGGCUGCCUGCUACGAUGCCUUCCACCCCCUCUCACCACUGCGCUUCUGGGCCUUCCAGGUCAUCUUGGUGGCUGUGCCCAGUGCCCUCUACAUGGGUUUCACCAUGUAUCAUGGCCUCUGGCAUUGGGAAGACUCAGGAAAAGUGAAGGAGGAGGAGGAGACCCAGAUCCGACAAGGGCCAGGCAGCACAGAUGCCCCAGGGGCUGAAAGCGCCAGGCUGCUCUGGGCCUAUGUGGCACAGCUGGGGGUGCGACUGGUCAUUGAAGGGGCAGCCUUGGGAGGGCAGUACCAUCUGUAUGGGUUCAAGGUGCCUAGCUCCUUUGCAUGUCGUCGAGAGCCUUGCCUUGGUAGUAUAACCUGUCAUCUGUCCCGCCCCUCUGAGAAGACCAUCUUCCUAAAGACCAUGUUUGGAGUCAGUGGGCUCUGUCUCUUCGGUACUCUUUUGGAGCUUGUGCUCCUGGGCCUGGGGAGAUGGUGGCGGACCUGGAAGCAAAAAUCUUCCUCUUCCAACUACUUCACAACUUCAGAGAGCACCAGGAAACACAAGGAACCAAACGAUAACUUCCCAGUGGUGGAAUCAAAAGAGCAGUUCCGAGUAGCAGGUGAGAAGGGCACUGAGGUCCCUCUUCCUUCUUUGCCUGAUGUCUCUGCCCUGAUGAUCCUCUCUUGAGUUAUAAGGACACCUGGCUCAACUCUGAAGGAAACCUAUGACUAGCUCUUCUCUCCAACAUCCAGUGAGUGGAGAUUUACCGCCGUGACAAGUGAAAGGUUGUUGAAGCAUCUCUAAGGGCCAUGUUGCCUAAAACAUUUCCUUGAAGGAGUCCUGCUUGUGCCUUCUCCCCAGAAUUCUCUGGUGUCAGCACCGCAAUUUUCAUGGGCUAUGUUCCAGAGUCAGCCAGCAGAAACCUCCACGAAACCAUCCCUGACCCUUGUCCUGUGCAAUAAAGAUUGACUACUGUUGGUGGCAUUCUUGUUGCUAAGGACAAUCCUCCUUCCUGUCUCAAUGACUCUACUUAUCUCUCUUCUGUUGUUCCACAUUCUCUGUUCCCCCAAUUUCAAAGUCCUGUAACCCUGAAUGCCCCCAGCCUUGCAGUAUAAGUCAUAUCCAGAAACUCUGGCUUUCCAAGCAUAUAUAAUCCAGUGCCCUUUAAAAUAUAGAUUAGAUUUAUUCAAACACCUGGCCAUACCCAUAAGACUGUUAAUUCAGAGGCUUAUGUCCCCUGGACCACAGACAGCUCUGAUUUCUGCUCAAUUCUCAUUCUCUUCGUGGUUCACGGCAGCUGCUCCACUGGAUCCAGCACAUAGCACCUUAAACAUGAAGCCAAGUCCCUACUUUUUAAACUCAUACCCCUCAACACCACACAGAAAAGACAGAGUUCUACUGCUGAUUCAGGGUAACAGCAAGGGGCGUUUACAUCAUAGUGUGAUUCAGGAAAUGAUUUAAAGCUGAAUGGCAGGUUUCUUUUUCCUGAGUCUCUCAGUUGUUUCUUUCCAAGAGCAUUCUAGCCUCCCACUUUUUUGCAGAAACGUCUUGCCCUCAAAUUCUCAAGAGCAGUGAACUAGUUUUAUUUUCUCCUCUGAAUCCCAAAUUAUCCCCAAGUAAAUUAAGAAGGCUCAUCCCUAAGGAAAGAUAUUUGGUUCCUUAAGAGACACUUUGGCAACAACUAGUAAAAUAAUUUUUCUUUCUGCUACACAAGUGUUUCAUAAAGAAUCCCUUAUUUGCUAUAGCCAGAGCUCAGCUAAAUGACCAAGGAUGGAAAAAAGCAAAUGUCAUUAUUCAGAAUUCCUCCUUGAUAGCAUCCUUUUUAAAACAGCUUUAUUAAUAUCUAUAUAUAGCUAUAUACCAUGUGCCAUAUAAUUCACUCACUUAAAGUAUACAAUUCAAUGUCUUUUCAUACAGUCACAGAGUUGUGUAUCCAUUAACACAAACAAUUUUAGAACAUUUUCAUCAACUCAAAAGGAAACCCUAUAACCCUCAGCUAUUACCCCCAAACCCCCAUAACUCCUGAACAUUGCUUUGGCACCCUUGUUGUAUGAUAUUUUUUCUGGACUCUCAGUUUCAUUUGUGGAGGAGACUGUUCCAUGACGUGAUGGCUGUGGAUCCUUAACCUAGAUCCAGUUAGAUCCAGGCCAGAGCAGAGAUUGCUUCCCAUAAAUCCCCUCAGAGAAUGUCUGAUCAAUCUCUACCCUAUGUCCCAGGCAUGCUGGUUCCUGGAACAGGCCUUUGCCCUGAGCUGGGAAAGCAUGUAAGACAUUUUCCCCUUAUUUGGGGCUGGUCACACCCCAAUUCCACUAUCCAUCCUACCCUGUGCCUUUAGUACCUGCCAUGUGGCAUGGAGGCUAUCCAUGUCUUGCUGUUGCCCAAGAUAUGUCUCGUAUGUAAGUUCCCUUAAUAAACUCUUGAUGUAAAGCUGGAGUUGUCAGCCUCUUUCUCCAGUCUCUCAGACCAAGGAAAUUUUCCUAACAGUAUUCCAUUGAUGUAUAUGUCUAUCUUUAUGCCAGUAUCAUGGUUUGAUUACCGUAGCUUUGUAACAGGUUUGAAAUUGGGAAGUGUUGAGUCCUCCUGCUUUCUUUUUCAAGAUUGUUUGGCUAUUUGUGGUCACCUGAAAUUCCAGAUGAAUAAAAUUGUGAAUUUAGAAGGCC